ACAAGGAACCACGAAACUUGAAAGAUAAUAUAAAAGCCUUCUCUUGCUGAAAUGUAGUAACACUAUGAUUUUCAUUUAAAUGUUUGCAUUUUCACUGCCACUAGAAUAACAUCAGAAACAGUAUAGCCUUUGAACUUCACUGCCGUUGUUGGAUUAAUUAUCUCAUGUUAGAGCAGAUAUGAAUGAACACAUGACGUAUUUCAACUAUGUUCGAUAGAAUUUUGAUUAUUCGCUGGCUAAACUGAACGUUUCGAUAGGUAACUAGAUAAUUGCCUAGUAACUCGCCUUUUCUUUUAUGUUUUAGUUUUUAAGUGUUUAAGUAAGUUAGCCAUAUAACAUAGUAACUUAAUCUCAAAUAAGCCUUCAGACGUUCUCAUUACGUUAACUGGCGUUGCAUCUGGUUGUCAAGUUCAACAAUUCAGUGUAAACAUUACCAUGAGGUCCAACAAGCACCCAUCAAAGGUGGGGACGACUCGGCGCAGGAUCUCCUCAGACGGCGGCUUGUCAACCAGUGGCUCUCUGGAGCGAGCGUGUCUCGCUGAAACCAAUAGCAGUGAUCCAGAACAUGUCUCCCAAAUUGCUGACAUGAGUGUUGAGAAACUUCAGAAGGAAAAUUCUGACUUAAAAAAGCAGCUGGAAGAUCUAAGGGCUCAGCAUCAGCAGCUCCUGGAGGAGGGGAAGGAGGAGACGCUGGAGGAGCGGAGAGUGAACCUGCUCAAGGCCCAGGUGAUGCAGCUGGAGAGACAGGUGGUGUUGCUGUCUGAGGGCCUGAGUGCACAGGUGUGUCGCUGUCAGGAUGUUGAGAGAGCCCUCGACCCGCUGCUGGACAGACUAAGAUCUCUGCUGUGCUCAGAGUCUCCGGGCCCUGAGGUGUGUGUAGCACGGUCCGAGCUCACCCAGCUGAUCGAGAGGUGCACAGACGUCAGACAAAAGUUACAUCGGAAAGUCAAGGCAACAACGGUUGAAGACCUCUCCAUGCCCUGGGUGCUGACUAAGUCAAACCUGGUCAAGCAGCCCAUAACCCUGCUUGAUCUCUGCUACGGCAAGACAAAUAACUUAAACCUUCAGCGAGUGAGUGCCCUGGAGUCCCGGCUCUGCCAGCUGUUCAAACACCUGUACGGGAUCAGGCAGACCCUCAGCCUCGUCCUGGCCCCUGGGGCGGAGGCCCUCCCCAGGCGGGGCCCCUCGGCCCUCUACGCCCGGCUGCUCAACCAGGCGGCGAGCUGCGUGCCUCAGCUGGACGGCUGCUGCAGCGACCUCCUCAUUCUCUCGCUGCUCAUCCCCACGUCCCCAUGGGCGGCCUCGGAGCAGCAGGUGAGCCUGGAGCUGAGGCCGGAGGAGGUUCUGGCCUCUCUGCCCGCUUUCCCCAGAGGGGCCCCUCAGCAGCGGGCCAGGAGGGCCGCAGAGGCCCUGUGCCGGGCCUCCAACCACGCCCAGCUCAUGGCCCUACAGCAGGUGGAGGCCCUGCAAGCAGAGCUGGAGUUCCACAGAAGCCUGUACAGCCUGCAGGUCACCUACACAGAGGAGCUCAUUCAGGGGGUGCGCCAAGCCUACCAGGCCUUCCAGGACAGCGUCACACGCAGCCUGUGUGCCCCGCUGCAAGAUGUGCUUUCAUGUUAUGCUGAUUUGCGGAGCAUGGCGUCUGAGGAAGCGCUCCGUGACUUCCUGACAGCCUUCAAGAACAACGCGGCGCUCAUCCAGGAGGCGGUGGAGGCCCUCGAUCCUUCAAAGAGCCAAGGAGCGGAGGCACUGUCCCGCUACGGCGAGGAGUUCCUGGGGACGGUGGAGCGUCUGCUGGGGGAGUGCGGCCAGCGGAGGGAGCGGGCGGCCGGCCAGCUUCAGGCCCUCAGGCUGGAGCAGGAGCAGGCCCUGGAGCUGCUGAGCAGCCUGAGCCUGGAGAGGCAGGAGAGGAGGGCAGAGCAGCAGGGCCGGGGCUCCCAGGGGUCGGGGAGGGGUUCAGAGGGGCAAGGGAGGGGGUCGCACAGGCAAGAGAGGAGUGGGGAGGCACAAGGAAGGAGCUCAGGGGAGCAGGGGAGGAGUCAGUUAACAAGGGGGAGGAGUCUGGAGCAGAUGGGGAGGACUGUUGAGGAGCAGGGGAGCGGUUUGGAGGGUCAAGAGAGGAGCUUGGAACAACAUGGGAGUGUAGAACCCCCAUCCAGGAAAUUGGAACAACAGGAGAGCAGCUUAGAACAACAAGACAGCAGUUCAGAGAAACAGGGGAGGAUGCCUGUGCCCGCUCAACAGCCUUCCACAUCAGGUAGACGAGAGCGGGCUGGUUCUGUCAGACGCAGUGGCAGCGUCGGGUCAGACAAUGCAGUCAGUGGCAAACAGCCCACUCUCCCGAAUGCCAGCUCCAAGCAGAGGGCUCUGCAGAAAGCCCUGUCUGUAGACAUGACAGCAGACACGGGCUCCCGGCGCUCUCCCGCACCGUCCUCCAGGGUCAACCAGAGGCCAGCCAGGAGCGCGCUGUGGAAGAUCCCCCCCAGCGAGCUCGCAGCCAGGCCAGAGUGGCAGAGCUAGAGCUAAGGUUGGAGCUAACGCUAACGUUGUAAUGCCGAGUCAUCUGGGGGGAGAAGGAGCAGCGGGGGGUACCGAGUCAACUUGGAGAACUGGGGCGCGAGAGAGAGAGAGAGAGAGAGAGAGAGAGAGAGAGAGAGAGAGAGAGAGAGAAAGAGAGAGACUGCUGGGUUAAUGCAGCGACUAGAAAACACUCAGUACAGGCUGAGAGAGAGACAGAGAGAUGGAGGUAGAGAGAGAGAGAGGAGCUGGAGGAAAUGAAAAGCACUUAGGGAGGCCAUGUUUUUUUUGGUGUCAGGCAAAGUCCACGUCUGCUUUCAUCAGCUUUCAUAGCUUCACUGGUGCAUUCAGUGCGAGAGUGUACGGCUAAGGGAAGUCAGAGGACCAGAGGGGGCUUAUUGGGGGUAUAUGGUAACGGUGGUGGUGGUUGUGGGGUGUUAUGUAGGCACCUGUCCCUGGGUUUUUACUGCCUCUCCCCAGACCAGCCGUGUUAAGACAGCAGGUGCCACGUUUUUAACAGUUUAGUUCUGGCAGUGAGGGCUGUCAAGAGAAUCCACUGGCAAAACUCACCUUUUUAUAGGUUUCUGAAGUGUGUACUGUGUGUGUGUAUGUGUGUUUGGAUUGUGAAUAAAUUGCCCUUUUAAUGGAAAAAUUACCAAAAAAGGGAGCUUUAAGAACUGUAGCUUUUGUAUGUUUUUCUUAGUCUGACAUUUUAAAGUGGGGUCAAGAGAAUCUUUAUAUAUUGCAAUAAAAGAGGAAAUGGAAAAAGUG